GGCGCCGCCUGUCCCUCCCCAGCGCGCUGACAGCGGGCUCCGGGGUCCCCGCCCCGUCCCCGCCGGCGGGACACACCCCCGCCCCUCCUCUGCUCCGCCAGUUCCCGCCGGACCCACCGGGCUGCGGAGAGAGCGGGCGGGCGAGCCGGAGAGCGGAGGCGGCGGCGGCGCGGGAGGGCAGGGAGCGCGGCAGGCCCGAGGGGAGCCGCCCGGGGCGCACGGAGCCCGCGUGCCCUCCGGGACCGGCAGCGCCCCGGUGCCAUACCUGCAGGCGCCGGGAGCCCGGGCAGCGGCGGCCGGGACGAAGCGGCGGGUGGCCGCAGGGACUCGGGGAGCAGAAGGAGCCGGAGCCCGGCCGGGAUGAGAAGGUGACGCCGCCGGGGGGCGCCACUCGCUUUGUGGGGGAAGAUGCUCGCCUACUGCGUGCAGGACGCCACCGUGGUGGACGUGGAGAAGCGGAGGAACCCCUCCAAGCACUAUGUAUACAUCAUCAACGUGACCUGGUCGGACUCCACGUCUCAGACCAUCUACCGGAGGUACAGCAAGUUCUUUGACCUGCAGAUGCAGCUUUUGGAUAAAUUUCCCAUCGAAGGUGGACAGAAGGACCCCAAGCAGAGAAUCAUUCCCUUCCUCCCAGGCAAAAUCCUCUUCCGGAGAAGCCACAUCCGGGACGUCGCUGUGAGGAGGCUGAAGCCCAUCGACGAGUACUGCCGGGCGCUUGUCCGGCUGCCUCCCCACAUUUCACAGUGUGAUGAAGUCUUCCAGUUCUUUGAGGCCCGGCCAGAAGAUGUCAACCCUCCAAAAGAGGACUAUGGCAGUUCCAAGAGGAAAUCAGUGUGGCUCUCCAGCUGGUCUGAGUCUCCCAAAAAGGACGUGACAGGUGCCGACACCAGCGCCGAGCCCAUGAUCCUGGAACAGUACGUGGUGGUGUCCAACUAUAAGAAGCAGGAGAACUCGGAGCUGAGCCUCCAGGCCGGGGAGGUGGUGGAUGUCAUCGAGAAGAACGAAAGCGGAUGGUGGUUCGUGAGCACCUCUGAGGAGCAGGGCUGGGUCCCUGCCACCUACCUGGAGGCCCAGAAUGGUACUCGGGACGAUUCAGACAUCAACACCUCCAAGAGCGGGGAAGUGUCCAAGAGACGCAAGGCCCAUCUGCGGCGCCUGGAUCGCCGGUGGACCCUGGGCGGGAUGGUCAACAGGCAGCACAGCCGAGAGGAGAAGUAUGUCACUGUGCAGCCUUACACCAGCCAAAGCAAGGACGAGAUUGGCUUUGAGAAGGGCGUCACCGUGGAGGUGAUCAGGAAGAACUUGGAGGGCUGGUGGUACAUCAGGUACCUGGGCAAAGAAGGCUGGGCACCAGCCUCCUACCUGAAGAAAGCCAAGGAUGACCUGCCAGCUCGGAAGAAGAAUCUGGCGGGCCCCGUGGAGAUCAUUGGGAACAUCAUGGAGAUCAGCAACCUGUUGAACAAGAAGACAUCAGGGGACAAAGAGACGCCCCCAGCCGAAGGCGAGGGCCCGGAGGCCCCCAUUGCCAAGAAGGAGAUCAGCCUGCCCAUCCUCUGCAACGCCUCCAACGGCAGCGCCCUGGGGAUCCCCGAGAGGACCGUCUCCAAGCUGGCCCAGGGCUCCCCAGCUGUGGCCAGGAUUGCCCCUCAGCGGGCCCAGAUCAGCUCCCCCAACCUAAGGACAAGGCCUCCACCUCGCAGAGAAUCCAGCCUGGGGUUCCAGCUGCCGAAGCCACCAGAGCCCCCUUCUGUUGAGGUGGAGUACUACACCAUUGCCGAAUUCCAGUCCUGCAUUUCUGACGGGAUCAGCUUUCGGGGUGGACAGAAGGCAGAGGUCAUCGACAAAAACUCGGGCGGCUGGUGGUACGUGCAGAUCGGCGAGAAGGAGGGCUGGGCCCCUGCGUCCUACAUCGAUAAGCGCAAGAAGCCCAACCUGAGCCGCCGCACGAGCACCCUGACCCGGCCCAAGGUCCCCCCGCCGGCGCCCCCCAGCAAGCCCAAGGAGGCUGAGGAGGGUCCGGCAGGCACCGCCGAGAGCCAGGACUCCCCGCUGAAGCUCAAGUACGAAGAGCCUGAGUAUGACAUCCCUGCCUUUGGCUUCGACUCGGAGCCAGAGCUGAGUGAGGAGCCCACGGAGGACAGAGGCUCGGGGGACAAGCGGCUGGCCCAGCCCCCCAGGCCCUCGCCGGCCUCCUCCCUGCAGCGGGCCCGCUUCAAGGUGGGCGGGUCCUCAGAGGACGUGGCCCUGGAAGAGGAGACCAUCUAUGAGAACGAGGGCUUCCGGCCCUGUGCAGAGGACACCCUGUCAGCCAGACGGUCCUCCCGGGACAGUGACUCCCCUGGAGGCUCCCCACUGUCCCUUGCCAGGAAAAACUCCCCCAAAUCAGACUCCCCCAAAUCGUCCUCGCUCCUAAAGCUCAAGGCAGAGAAAAACGCCCAGGCGGAACUGGGGAAGAACCACUCCUCGGCCUCCUUUUCCUCGUCCAUCACCAUCAACACCACCUGCUCCUCCUCCUCCUCCUCCUCUUCCUCCCUGUCCAAGCCCAGCAGCGACCUGAAGCCCCGUUCUGCCUCGGACGCAGGCAUCCGUGGCACCCCCAAGGUCGGAGCGAAGAAGGACGCUGACCUGAAGGCCGGGCUGACCUCCUGUGCUCGGGCCAAGCCAUCUGUCCGGCCCAAGCCAUUCCUGAGCAGAGCGGAGUCGCAGAGUCAAGAGAAGAUGGACAUCAGCACUUUACGGCGCCAGCUGAGACCCACAGGCCAGCUCCGGGGAGGCCUCAAGGGCUCCAAGAGUGAGGACUCAGAGCUGCCCCCCCAGACAGCCUCCGAGGGUCCCAACGAGGGGUCCAGGAGAGGCUCGGCUGACCUCAUCACCCUCCCGGCUGCCACGCCCCCGUGUCCCACCAAGAAGGGGCGGGAAGGGCAGGCCACCUCCUACGUGACGUGUAGUGCCUACCAGAAGGUCCAGGACUCGGAGAUCAGUUUCCCCGCCGGCGUGGAGGUGCAGGUGCUCGAGAAGUUGGAAAGCGGCUGGUGGUAUGUGAGGUUUGGGGAGUUGGAGGGCUGGGCCCCUUCCCACUACUUGGUGCUGGGUGAGAAUGAGCCACCUGACCCCUCUGGCAAAGAGCCGGACGCCGUUACCGCCAAGAGCAAGCAGAAGGAGGGCAAGUCGGACAGCCUGGAGAAGAUUGAGAAGCGGGUCCAAGCGCUGAAUACCGUCAACCAGAGCAAGAGGGCCACGCCGCCCAUCCCUUCCAAGCCUCCCGGGGGCUUCAGCAAGACCUCGGGUGCUGGGGUGGUGAAGAUGAGGAAUGGGGUUCGGCAGGUGGCGGUGAGGCCCCAGUCGGUGUUCGUGUCCCCACCACCCAAGGACAACAACCUGUCCUGCGCCCUCCGGAGGAACGAGUCGCUCACAGCCACCGACGGCCUCCGAGGCGUCCGCCGUAACUCCUCCUUCAGCACCGCCCGCUCCGCGGCUGCAGAGGCCAAGGGCCGCCUGGCCGAGCGGGCCGCCAGCCAGGGCUCAGACAGCCCUCUGCUGCCCACCCAGCGCAAUGGUAUCCCCGUGUCCCCCGUGCGCCCCAAGCCUAUCGAGAAGUCCCAGUUCAUCCACAACAACCUCAAAGAUGUGUAUGUGUCGAUCGCGGACUACGAGGGGGACGAGGAGACGGCGGGCUUCCAGGAGGGUGUGUCCAUGGAGGUCCUGGAGAGGAACCCCAAUGGCUGGUGGUACUGCCAGAUCCUAGAUGGGGUGAAGCCCUUCAAAGGCUGGGUGCCCUCCAACUACCUGGAGAAAAAGAACUAACGGGGCACGGGUCCUUCAACCUGAGUGUGGAUGGGUGGUGAGAUGAAGACAAUAGGGAGGGGGGAGGGGGAGGGGGUGGGGUGGGGGGAGGACAACAUUAAACCCUGCAGAAGGUGUGACCUCAAGGACACUCCCCUCCAGGCUGUCCCUGGCUGGAAGGGAGGUUCUGGUGGGGGCCACCUUGAGCAGGAGGCCUGAGACCAGAUGUGAGACAGCUGAGCCCCAUGUGUGCCCCUUGUGACUUCACUGAUGGGCUCAGCACCAUCUGGGCCAGGCCAAUGGGAAGCCCCAGUCGUGCCUUGGCUGCAAAUCUGGAAAGGAUGUGGUCCUAGAGGCCUCCGUGCCCUGCCCCAGCCUAGCCCGGUUCCAGUUGCUGGCAGCUUGUCGCCAGGGGCGGCCCGGGUGUCCUCCUCACCGUAACGGCGAAUUGUGCUGGUCUCCCAGGGACCGCCGCCGCCCAGCACGGGUGGUGUGGUAGAAGACACCUCUGGCUUUGGGGCUCGGAGGCAUCUCCUGUGAGCUCAGCCUGUCCCUGGCCAGGCCACUGUCCAUGUCUGUUCGUUGCAGAAAAAGCAGUUCCCCAGGUGCCAGCAAGGAUCACCUUCCUUCGCUGUCACUGGCCUUGAGAAGAGUGCCCGGGCGCCCGUGGAGACCCACCAGCCCGAUUUACGGAGGAUGGGCAGAGCCGGGGUCUCUGUCUGCACAGACUUUCUUUUGGCUAUUUCUGGGUGGGCAGUUUCUUUGCAUGUUUUGGGAGAGGUUUAUUGAUUUGGGGCUUCUCGGUUGGGCCCUGGGUUUUGGUCUUAUUUUAGGGGUUGUUUGGGGGCCUCAGGACGGUCAGCCUCACGGGGCAUGGGAGGGGGGUGGGGGGGCUUUUCUGUUAGACUCUCGUGGGAGGGGGGUUGUUGUUUGUGUUUCACACGUUCCCCUCCACAAGCUGGAGUCGUUUCGUUUGGUUUCCACUGUGUGGACAGUGCCUGAGGGGUUGGGGGCGGAGAAGCCCCCCCACUCCCAGACCGCGAGGCACCCACCUUCUGGUGCGAGCCCAGCCCAGGAGGGAGGAGGGUCUGGUUCAGGAGCGAAGGCGGCUCUCGGGCUGCUGGGUGACCGCCAUUCUGUGUACAGUCUCCCGCUUGGGCAGGACCGAAAGCCUGAGGGGACCCCCAACUGGGCCCCCGGGCCAGACUGGAGCAAACACCACCAGCCUGCCGGCGAUGCCACAGGGACCAAGGAGGUGGAGGGCCCCAGACCAGGAGCUGGCCUGGUCGUUCCGAGGGGCAGUGCCCCCGAGAAGAGAGAAGCGAGAGAAUAAAGUCCCUGUCGACUUCGGGUCUUUCGAUCAUUGACAUUUCGGAGGGGACCCUCCAGACGCCAGCGGCUUCCCGAGGACUCGCCCUUUGCUGGGAGUGGAUUUCCACACGUGCCUUUGACUUCGGACAGGUCAGGCGUCACAGCCGCCGAUUCAGCUGCCAGAAUCCUGGACAAGGGUUGGUGUUCUCUCUCUCCACCUGCUUCCCACCCAGGACGGAGAUGUUGCCUGAAGGUGAGCAUGGGACCCAGGUCUUGUGCCUUCCGUGCCCCACGCGCCCCCUCCUGACCGUCCUCCCUCCCGUACACUGAAGCCUGGCAGCUAUACCAAACUGCUCCUGUUCUCUGUUAAAGGGCCGUGGUGAGAUUUUGUUUCCUUUUGUUUUGUUUGUGAGUUUGUUUAAAAUGGAAAUUAGUUAUUUUCUUCUGCUGGACAGUAUUAAAUAGAGCAGGAUGUUGAGUUAAUCUGCUAGAUUGCAGUACUAAUGGUAGUGGUUUAGUGUCUUCAUAUUAAUAUUAUUUGGACUUAUUUGAACAAUAAUGAUAAAGAAGUGGUUCAUUAUUUUUUAAUUAAUGCACUUUAAUAAGGUGGAAUGGAAAGAAACCCAGAGAGCAAAGUGCAUUACUUAAAGAUGCAGUAUAUACUUUUCUCAUUUUUAAGCAGCACAUAUUUAUUGAAAGAAAAAAAGUAAUUUAUGAUUAUUUAAAAUAAAAUUUAAAAGUAGAGUGACUGUCGGGUUAAAGGACCUUCCACGUAGCUAUCUUCCAGGGGGAGGGCCCCAGCGGCCUCACUCCUCAGAUGUCUGCACUGAGCCAGUUCAAUCACAACGUGACAGCCAGGCCAGGAAGGAGUGCAGGACGCAUCUGCCAAGCACAGAGCAUCUCAGUUGGACUGGACCACAGUGCUCCCCGGAGCCUGCCUUCCCCUGCCCUUCCUCACGGUCUGGACUGCCCUGUGGGGCUCUCUACCACCGCCAGGGCCCGCAUUCCCCUGCCCCUCCAGGGCCCUCUAUCCUUGAUCCCCAGUGCUCUAAGUGAUGGUCAUUAAAAGUGACCUCAAAGGUCACUCCAUCCCAUCCCCUCCCGUUAUCGCAGCCCAAGGACAGGAAAUGACUCCCAAAAUCGCACGGCUAAGUUUACUGGCAGACCUCCCCACGGCAUCCAUCCUGGCACUCCUACCCACCCCCCUUCGAGCUUAUUGUGUGGUCAUCAUGUUUACAUUGGGACAUCCAGCCCUGAGGAUGGCUGGGAGUUGCUCAGGCAUCCAGGGAAAGUGGGGAGUGCUGCCACCUGGUGACAGCAUGGAGAUGUGGGCAGUGAACAGGGAUUGCCAUGUCCCAUCUUUGCCCCUUGCCCCUCACCACCACCCCCUUAAUUCACAGCACAGCACAAGCCCUGCAAACCGAAAGAGAGUAUGAAUACUUGAAGCAAAAAAGGGUGCAUGCCAGUCCCUCUCAGACAUGGCUAGGCGAUGCCAGGCCUUGUGCCCCUGGACCCCUAGCCCUACCCAGGGCAAGAGGGCCUUUCCCUAGAGCUACUGAGCUGCUUUGUGAUGUUGGAGGUACUGCUGGUGGCAGGUGGAGGAGGGAGGGGCCUGGGGCUCUGACCCAUCUGGAGGAAAACCAGAUCGGCCUAAAAAAAAGGAAAAAGAAAAAUGAAAUCUCAGCAGUGUCCAAACCUAGUUUUCCAUUAGUUACGAUUGAAAAUGUGAACUGACAUUGUGUGGCUGUAUACUGCAACUUUAACCAUAAUGAGCCCUUCUGAGGUCAUUAUUGAGGUUUAUAUAAUGCCUGAAGAUGCAUCAUUGGUGCUUUUUCUUUGUUGGAAGACUUUUUCUUUUAUUACAAGGGGGAAAAAAUGUCUUCAUCUCUCUCCCACUUUUUAUAACAGCGGGCCUGGCUGGGCUUCCUGGCCCUGCCAUUGCUGUUUCCACUAGGCCAAGGGACCACAGGGGCAGCAAGAGGGAGCAGGAAGGGGUGACCCUGAACAGCAGGUGUGCCAUCUGCUCCGACCUGUGGCCGGGCCCUGCCUUGCCAGCCCUCGGCCCCAUCCACCCCGAGCCUGGCCCCAACAGCUUCUCUUUGUUCCCCCUCUCUUCUCCAUCUUGACGAAGGCAUUAUAUAGAAUCAUUUUAAUCACUUUCAGAUGUUAGAGCAGCAUAUUUUACUGGCAUUUAUCCAUCGCUUUCCUCAGCAAGGCAUGUUACUACUCUUAUCAUCUAAGGGAAAAAAAGACAAGGGAAUUUCGGCCAAGCAUUAUUUUCAUAUUACUAGUAUUUGCAGAGUAGAUGUAGAACUAUUUAAGUUUAGACCUUGGUUUGGUAGUUUAUUUUUUUUUUUAAGGGAAAAAAGAUAAGGUAACCCCUACUUUUCCUGUUUUUGUAUUUAACUAAUAUAUUAUUUCUUUAAGGUUACUGACUUCCCCUAUUCCCUUCAAAUACUUUGCAUUCUCAUUCGAAAAUGAAAACAAUCUGAGAGACAGGAAACGUGCAAUAUUAUCAAGAGGGAUGCCAGGGCUUGUUGGGAUGGUGGCGGGAGACCCGGUGGCCCAGUCUGUCGAUAGAGGGAGGGGGGGCUGCUGGGAGACGUGGGAGCUGUGGAGCGGACGGGUGGUCCAGGUUAUUGAUCUUUUCCCCUCCUUGCCUGCCCCCCUCCCCUGGCAGGGUGUCAGGGGUCCCCACCAGAGGGCAGCCCCUUUUUCUGUUGGGUGUCAUCCACCCAGAAGAAAGGGAUUCAGGGAAGUAGCAUGGGGCUCUUGACCUCCCGGGGCCCCCGCCCUCAGAGCAGAGCAAGGACAUCCAGGAACUGUUCCUUGUUUUCAUUUCCGUUGUUUCCAGCCAGCUGCUCAGAAAGACCUGUCCCAAAAGUCACUCACCAGCCCUCGCUCACCCCAGUCUCCUGAUGUUUGGGCCAUGAUCCUUUUGAUGUAUGUAUGUUUGAGUCUUUCUAAAACUAUGCAACCUCAGUUCAGUUUAUGGGCAGGAACCCUAGAUGUAACCGAAUCCUUUUUGGGGGAGGUGGGUGCCUUCAGCCCUGCCAUAUCCCAGUGAGACACCAAUUUCCACGAGCCUGCAGCUGGGCCUGGUGCUAACCUGGGCCACCCAUUCAUCUCAGUGACUGCAGCUGAGGAGUGAGCCCUGCCUCUGCUCAACACCCCAACGGUCAGUGCCCAGAGGGUCUCGGAGAAGCAGCUGAGGGGCCUACCCAGGUCUCUGCGGACAGAACUGCCCACAACAGGUACCAAAGCGGCCUCCUCCUGAGUUGGCACAGGCAGAGGAGGCAGCAGGGUGGGAAGUCUCUGGGUUCAAGCCCCUGGAGCUCGGCUCCUCGGCUCCAGGGACGGCCUUGCUGGCGUGUCCCCUCCACCUCCAGUACUGUAUGCUUGCUGCUCCAACCCGUUUGGUGCAUUCCUGUACAAAUAUGGAUCUAUGUGCCAAGUGGGACUGUGCCCCCCUGUGUGGGUCUCUCCCCUUGGAGCCUCUACAUCUAUGUCCAACCUUUGAAAAUCUUGACGCAGAGCUCUCUGGAAAAGAGAACCAUCCACAUAACUAAAGAAUUAAGAUUCCCUCACUUUUUUGAGGGCUGUGUGUUGAGAAAGUGUGUGUGUGCGUAAGUGUGCCUGAGUGCGUGCAUGUGUGUAACUUCCCACUGUUACGAAGUAGGAUGGGGUUAGAGAAAACCAGCGGGCACGCUGUCUCCGUUGUACAGUCCUUGGCAUUGGGCAGGCCCCACGGGACUCACAGCUUCUGGCAAGUGUGUGUUAUUCACACACGUAAUUCUGGCUGGAGAGUGCAAUGUGUCUUUUUAUUUUUUUGUAAUUAUUUUAUUAAGUAUUUAGUUGGAAACUUCACACUGGCAUUAACAGAUCUAGCAGAAGCAGCCUAGGCCAGCGUCCCAGGCUCCCAAAUAAAGUUGUGGAAAAGAGAUGCUGCUGAGUGUGCUACGCGGCAGGCCGACUCCCACCCGUUGCCAUGCAUGUCAUCACCGUGGGAUGAUGGCCCUCAGCUCUUGUUUCUGGGGAUGAUCAGGGCGAGAACUUGCUCACGGUGAGCUCAGCAGACCUGCACGUGCAUGGACAUCAGCACCUGCCUAGACUUCAGGCCCUGUCACUUGAUGGGACUAGUGUGAAGGGUUCCCCCUUGACCUUACUGAGAUUUCUGCCAAAAUCAUGAUCCCUGUUUGGGGCAGCCUCUAUGGUUCUCAUGCUCCGUGACCAGAGAAGGAUGGGGUCAGUGACCUAUUGCCUUAUUUCAGGAAAAGCAGCCCCACUGAUUUAAGCUUCCCUCCUGUUUUGUCCUGUGCACCUGGGCUCUCAGACAAGAAGUUGGGCACAUUGGUGCUUAUAGACUGGGCAGGCCUGGUCCCAACCUGCCUUUAAGGUUGAGAUUGCCAUGCAUCUUCCUGACCAAUUCCUGCCUUUCUAAUCUUGAGUUUGCACUUGACCUUGACAAUCACCCACCCCUGUCCUAGAACUUAGUGGCCUUAGAGAGUGGGUCCCUGCGCUAAAGGUCCCUCCUUUGCAUCCCCAAGUUUCAUCCUGGCUAAUGGGGCUGGACUUCAGGAGGCGAGAGAGAGAGGAAAGAAUUGUUUUAAAGCAAAAGGAUGGAUCGAGCAUGUUGGAGACGAGCAAGAGGCAUGUCGGCAAGAUGAGUAUGUGCAUGUGUGGCUUGUUUGGGUGUCUGGGACUGACCGUCCCUUCUCUGGGAAGGUGGCUUCCAGAAGAGGGUGUCUAGGCAGAAAGGGAAAAGUGUGAGAAGGCUGAGAGAGGGUUUGGAGUCUUGUCUUUAUUAAAAAGAAGGAAGAAGUUGAUUCUAAAUAUUUCAGGAAGAAGAGAGCAGGUAAGGAGGGAAUUUAGUGAUUCAACACACAAGGGUCCAGCCAGAUCAGGUUGAAAUAAGGCUGGAGGAGAAGCAGCAGGCCAGAGGAAACGCUACUUGCUGUGCCACAAGCUGGGUCCCUAGCAAGUUCUUAAUGAACGGUCACUGAUUUACUCAGUGGAGAGAGUAAGUCACCAGCAACAACUUGUAUUUUUGAGUUUGGAGGCCCUGGAUCCAGAAUAUUCAUCCAUCUCCCAGGUUCCCGGCUGGUUUUGCCCACCUCUUUUUGUCUAAUACACAGCUAACCUCUCAAAUUGUUUAAAUCAAAGACUAGAGACCAAAAGGGUCAUGUAGUUAGAGACCCGCCACCCCCAAAUUGGAACCUCAGGGUCCAGAUACCAUCAAGCUCAUCUGGGAGGAAGUCAACCUUGUUUGUUCUUCACAAGUGUCUCUGAUGAUACCUGUGGUUAUUCAGUUGGUUGAGCCUGCCCACUGGUGUGACUUAGAAGACCGAAGACCGGGGGGGGGGGGGGGGGGGGGGGGCGUUGUACAGUGCAUACUCAUCCAUGGAUAUGCCCGUUCGUGUUUAGUGGCCUAUGACCAAGACACACUGCUCUUAAGUGUUUAUUUCAGAGGAAGAAGGGUAAACAGCCACCAUUCUUGAAUCUGCAUCUUGUUCUCUGCAACAGGUUUUCUUUAAACGCAGGACACAGGAUGGGAAAGGGUUUCGCUGCUAGUUACUGAGAGGUUCGCAGGAAGGUGACCGAGUGAUGCACACGUGAGUGGCAGGUCCCUGAAGUGUGGGUUUGUGGACCGCAUGGUUGCAUGUGAACUGGAUGCCUCGGCUCCAGGACUUUGGGGGAUUUCUCGUGGUGUCCACUUAACCCCCCUACCUCCCAGAUCCUAGUGGGCUCUAUGGGGGUCACGUUGUUUCCUCUUCCGCCCUCAGCAGAGAAACUGAAGGAAAGGACAUUAAAUUGAAUGCAGUCAAUUUGAGCACUAAAAAAUUUCCAGGAUCAAUGGUGGUGCUAAACUAUCUCCAUGUCUAUUAUUUUUAAUAGUGGGUUUUUUUUUUUUUAUUAUUGUUCUCAUCACAAAAAUGCAGUGUCCUUGGGGAAGGGAUCCAGCCUCUUGGCCUGUACCUUUCCAGGUGUCCUUUAUCAUUUUGACGGGACUCUUUGGUCUGCAGAAAUACUAUGCCUUGGCAUGCUUCUAGACUGUAAGAUUUGGGUUGUUUUGUUUUGUAUUUUGUUUAUGUUUACGUGCAUCUUCUUGUAUUUCCCUGAAAAUUAAAUAAAGUUUUUGACCUUUUUAA